AUGCAGAUUCAAAUUUUGUCUGAUUUACAUCUCGAAACCCCACCAGCCUAUGAUCUUUACGAUAUAAUCCCCCAAGCACCGCAUUUGGCCCUCCUUGGUGACAUCGGGGUUGUCCAGGAUGCUGGAUUUCUUCCCUUUAUCGAAACUCAGUUGCGCCAAUUCUCGGUUGUGUUGUUCCUGUUGGGCAACCAUGAGCCCUACUAUGCCAGUUGGGCGGAAACAAAACAAGUGCUUCAACGAUUUGGAGCAUCCGUGAACGAACGGCGUGUGUCCUCACGGCAAUAUGGACAGGAAGAGAUGGGCUCAUUCGUUUUCUUGGACCAAACCCGAUAUGACAUUUCAUCCGACGUGACGAUUCUAGGAUGCACGCUCUUUUCGCAAGUCAGUGAGGCUCACAAAGAGCACGUCAGCUUUGGUCUCCGGGAUUUCUACCACAUCAACCACUGGACUGUCGAAGACCAUUCAGCCGCCCAUCAAUCAGAUCUGGCAUGGCUGAAUUCUCAAGUCUCGCAGAUUGCCACUGCGGAGCCCGGUCGGAAGAUAGUGGUCUUCACCCACCAUAGUCCAGUCACCCAAGACGCCAGGGCCGUUGACCCCCGGCACAUGCAUAGCUCUAUCUCGACCGGGUUUGCCACCGAUCUCUCUGGACAGGAAUGCUGGAAGAGUCCGUCGGUUCGAUUGUGGUCUUUUGGGCAUACUCAUUUCAAUGUCAAUUAUGUGGACGACACCGGCAAAAUGGUAGUUAGCAAUCAGCGGGGGUAUUACUUUUCUCAGGCCCCGGGGUUCAAGCAGGAUUUCGUUGUGGACAUCUAA